AUGGUGCUUCCUGCAGUCGCUCCGGAUGAGGAAACACUAGAAAGCGUGCAGGAGAAAUUUUGGUGUGCGUUGCCGUCCAUCGCCAAGUUGCGGGCGGAUAUCGAUGCUGCCGCCACUAACAAUGCCGAUCAAGAGGCGCAGGAGACUUUGGGAGAGGUACCGGAUCCUGAAGUCUCAGUAAGGGAGGCGCUCGUCCCAUUCUCGGAGAUACAGCAGCUUGCGGAGUGUCUCUUCAUGGCAUGUCACACCAACCCCAUUUCUGAGGAUGCACAGAGCGGUGUCGAGAAGCUCUUGGGUAAUGCGGAAGAGAAGAAGACGGUGAUGUACACGCUGGAGGAAUUCAUCGGUGUGCUGAGAGAUGUGGAGUCUAGAUGGCUGGAGUGGCCAGACAUGGAGCAGAAGUGGUUGGCCGUGACUGAGAAACAGCAUAUGAGUGUUGUGAAGGAGCUCAUGGAGUGCGUGACACAGGAUGUGGAGCCCUUCACGCUUCUGCCCCCGCAACAGGUGCUAACCGCCCAGUCUGUGGUGGUGCAUACAAAAACGCUUGUGACGCCAUUUGAAGCCUUUGUCGAUUUUGUGAAGCCUCGUGAGUUCCCCCAGAUUUACGAUACACUUUGGGGAUUGCUAGUGCGGCCUGACGGGGGACAGCAACAGCUGAAGGAAGAGACAACAGCGACAAACGAAGCAGAAGCGGCAACAACAACAACAACAGGGAAGGGUGGUGACACCCUUGCCUUGUUGCCAUUCACUGAGUUUUUCAAGUGGCUCUACAUGCGGGCCUUUACCAACGCCACCGACGCGGCGGCCGAGGCGGCAGCCAGGACGAUGUGGCUCGAGCAUUUGGGUAGAGACGGCACUAUGACUAAGGUGCAGUUUGUGGAGGUGUGUCGCUGCAUGUGUCGGCAGUACUUACGUGUGGACAACGAAGAGGGAUUCCUGGAGGAGUUUUACUGGAGCAGCGAGCGGUUAAUGCAAGUCUCGGAAUGCGAGGGUGGCGCUGCCAUUUUCAGACUGCACGAGCCUCUCUCCAAUGCCCAAAAACUCGUCGAUCCCAACGAUCUCUACGCCCCGGUUGAACUUGAUGACAUCAAACAUGAGAUGAACGUUUAUGGCGUGGAUGCAAACACGACGCGUAUUGUCGUGUACGGUGGGCGGGGUGUUGGAAAGACAGCCGUGUCAAGGGCCCUUGCGAGGCGCCUGAACUGCGUGCUCUUGAGCGUUGAAGAUCUUGCUGCAGAGGCUAUGACGAAGGCAGAUAAAGGAGAUUCGCUAGGCGCCCAGUUAUUGGAGAGUCUAGAGAGGGAUACCGUCAUUCCACUCUCGUUAUUGGUGGCGUUGAUUCGUCGGAAGAUUGCUGCGGAUGAGACUGUGUACCGUGGUUAUGUAUUCAGUGAUAUACCACCAAUUUACGACACGGAGAACGCAGAUAUAUUGCACUUCUUAAACAGCUGUGGUAUUCUAGACGUACUAGUGCCAACGGUUCUUCUUCACCUCAGCUGCGACGACGAGAACUUCCAGGCGGAGCGCCUUGAGGCCACGUUGGAGGAGCGGCGCUUACGCCACCAGGAGCUACUGCAGCUGCGCGCUGCCGAAGAAGAAGAAGAAUCCCGCCGCAAGGCGUUAGAAGAUGAAAUUGAGCAGCUUCAAUCUAUCAUGAAAAGGUACGAGGAUAUGGCUGCUGCGGACGCAGACACAAUAGAGCAGGAGGAUCUAGAGUCAGCGAAGGCUGCAGCCGCUGAGGCGGAGAGUGUGUUGUCACAGAAGUUGGAGCAGAAGAAGAAUGAUGAUGGAGGGGCGACUGAAGUGGCUCACGAGCGCGCACAGCGGGUAAAACGUAUCAAGUCCUUGGCUCUAAAGCGUCUUGUGGAACAUACCCUCUCGCCAGAGGAGAAGCGUAAUGGGGAGGUUCUCGUUACCGCCCUCCCCUGCUUCCAGGCGAUUGUGGAACGUCUCUCUGCUUUGGACCACUGCUUAACGGUUGGAUGCACGUCAUUGGUCGAAGACACUGUCUCGUACGUUGUGGACACGCUGCGGCUUGAGCCGUGCGUCCUGCCACGGGACCUCGCGGCUGCGGCAGAAGAGGAAGAACAGCAAGAAGGAGAAGAGAGGCAGGAUUUGGAAGCCACCCCUUCUCUUGAAAAGGACAUGGAGACGGCAAAAGCAAUGGAGGAGGUAGCUGCCGAAAUGGGCGCUGUAGGCUGCAGCAGGUGGAAGCGCUUCUGCCCGGUGACUUUUGCUGAGUGCGGUGUACUGGUGGAAGGUACCGCGAGGUACGGCUGCGUGUACCGCCAGCGGCUCUUCUAUCUCGCCUCGGAAGUAAAUCUUGCCAAGUUCAAGGCGAACCCACCGGUGUACCUGCGUGCAACGCCCCUGGACGGUGAACCUAUUCUCUUGAUAUCUACAGUGAACGCGCAGGAUGAAGCACAGCUUACACCCGACACGGUGCAGGAGCUGAUUCACAUUCUCCAAGAAAAGCUGUGUCUCACCCCUAUGGAGUUCGCUGACUUCGUCGCACGGUGGGACAGACAUCGCAACCUCAAGGAAAUGCGAAAUCAGGCCCUGUUAGCACGAGAGAAGUAUGAGGUGACGGAGCGAAAGUUGCGCGCUGAUCGGUUAAAGAAGCGCAGGGCUUUGGAGUUAAAAAAGAAAGCGAGGAAACCGAACCCCCCACCAAAGGGAAAAAGAGGUCGCAAGAGCACGGUGUCAAAGCCUGAGCCACCGGAAGAAUUCAAAGGAUGGGAGAAGGAGCCGGAGGGGCCUGAGUCAGUGACCUCACGCAUAGAGAAGACAGUUACGGAACGUCUGGAGCGCCGGAAGACGUUCGUCCCGAUUUUGGUACAUGCCGUUGGGGAUAUGUCUAUUGACGCCUUCCGGCUUCUGCUUCGUGAGGGUGUGCUGCCCGAAACGGUGGUUGUGCUGCAGUACGAUCGCCCUGUAGCGGACGAGGAUGAAGAGGCGGCAUCGGCAGCGGCGGCGGCGGCAGCAGCAGCAGCAGAACUAGCAGCAGCAGCUUCAGAGGAGGGAGACGACGGAAAUGAGGGGGGUGUGCCAAGACCCCAAAUGCCGCAAGUAAUAAUGCUGGAGGAGUUGGACACGCGCACGCGUAGUCCGGGUGGUGACACGGAUGAGGCGUCGCAAACGUUCACAAUCCAUCGGUUCUCUGUCAACGACAAAGAUGCAAGUGUUUUGGCUGCGGAGGUCCUGCAAGUGGUGUGCCCCGGCAUGCCACCUGUUGAGGAUGGUGCCGUGGACGAAACUCUUGAGGAGGCCGACGAGGAGGCAGAAAUGGACAAUGCCGACGAGGACGAGGAGGAGGACGAGGACGGCCCUGCCAUCGGGCCGGUCGAUCCGGCUCUACGGCCAGGCAAAAGGUUCCUGAACCAGUUCGGCUCGCGUCUGCAGUACUGUCCUGUGACACUAUACGAGAAGCGUCUGCUGGUGCGUGGCCGCAACGAAUUAUGCCUCCAGUACAGGCAAAAGUUGUACGUGUUUGCAUCAGAAGAGGCCAAGGCCAAGUUUGAGCGAAACCCGUUGCGUUACUUGGAAACGCCGCCGCCGUACGUGCCGCCGCGCGUGUGGAUGGUGGGAUACUCAAGGAGCGGCAAGAAGACCCUAGCAGAGGCACUUCAUGGGGAAUAUAGUGUGCCAUGUUUUCUGUAUGAUCGGGAAUUCUUUGAGCGCUGCGUAGAGGCUGCGCGAAGGACCGGUGGUGAAAUUGUUAAUGGGAUUGCCAUUGCCGAGCAGAAGGGUGAGAAUCCCUACCUCGUACUUGCGGAGGCCAUUCUGAAGCAGGUACGGGAAUUCGCCGCGGAUCAGGAGCGGCGCAUGAAACUUCGGCAGGAAGCUGAGGCCGAAAUGGAGCGACGUGCACAGGCUGAAGAGAAGGACGAUGAGGAUGAAGAAGAGGACGAAGAAGAGGUAGACGAGGAGGCCGAGGCUCGGCUGCAAGAGCACCUUGAGUUCGAGCCAGAGGAGGACGAAGACCGCGAGCUGCGGCUCAGCGAGGCAUACCUAAAGGUCGCCAGCUGCGUCACACGCAUCGAGCCGUUUGAGUCGCGGGGCUACAUCAUGGUGUGCCCGCCCUUCUCCGACGGUGACAUGGAAGUGCUCUUCUCUACCGGCGGCAUCCCAGAGGUGGCGCUGCAGAUGGAGCUCUCGGGCGACAUGUACCUGGCGCGUAAUAGGAAGGCGACCGCUUCACCUCCUCCGUCCCCAAGAGGGGAUCUGAAAGAUCAGGAGCCGCCAGCGGAGGAAGUCCCGACAAAGAACUGGACAGAAAAGGAGCGGCAACGAAAGGAGCGCGAGUUGUGGAAGUGGCGCCGCCGUCACAUUGGCAAGGAUGACCCCGAGUCUGAGCCUGACGGUGAGAACGAGGAAGAGCAGUCUGUGGAUCGGGAGCAGGCCGCUGGGCAGGAUGAAGACGCCAUUGCGCGCGCACUCGAGAUGGAUCGGAAUGUGGAGGAGGAGGCACUUAAUGAGUUUUCGGAGGCGAUCUCGGAACGUUUGGUCAAGGUUGUUGUGCUCAAUGGUGACCUUUCUAUCAAUGCGGUGUUUCGUGCUGCCUGUCGUCGUCUUUUUAAUGUGUUUGAGCACCGUCGCUCACUUAUGCACGUUGCCGAGGUUGUGCGGUUUGAUGUUGCGCAAAAAAUGCUGGAGUCUGGUGCGGCGAAUCCCUCGUGCUUCGGGAACACGGAUCCCGUCGCUCUGUACGAUGGGCGACACGGGGUGAGACGUGUGUGCAAGUGGAUGCCAGACGGUACGGCCCCUGAGCCAGAGCCGACAGCGGAGGCCGUGAUUGCAGCAGAGCUGAAGGACAAAACCAAGGAUUCAAAUGGCGACGAGGAGAUGGAAGAAGAAGAAGAAGACGAGGAGCAGCAGCAACAACAGAAACAACCACAAGAAAAAGAUACAGGGGACAAUAUACUGGCUUCCGCCGAGGGAUCCGUUGAUGAUGAUGACGAUGAUAUGAGUGAGCACGAUACCGAGGAGAUGGGGGAGAUACUUGAAGCCCAUGAACGACAAAAGCGGCGUGAGUGGCUGCGCCGGAGCCAGCGGGCAGCCCUCUUCUGUGGCCGUUUGUACUUUUUUGAUAGUGAUGCCGCUCUUAUGCGCUAUCUGCGUGAUCCACUCCUGUUUGUGCAGCAACCACCACCAUUGCCACGACCGGUGAAGAAUACGACUAUUUCCAUAUACGAUGAAGCCGACUUGUCCCACUCCAGAGUGGGUGUAAAGCAACGAGGUACUGCUCAUCAUAUUGCUUUCAACCUCAACUAUCUCUUUGUAUCACUGCCGAAGCUCCUUUCCUGGGCAGCAGCUCACGCACCACUUCUCUCCUUGUCACGACACACCAUUAAUGCUGUUCUCAGCGGAUCUGUGGAUGAUAUCUUGGUGGCACAGCUUCUGGGGCACCGUCUUAAUGCGGCAGAUGCAAGACGGCGAGGCGUGGUACUGUUGAACUUGCCCAGGACAAGAGACCAGUAUUGUUUACUGACGGCAUGGGGUCUGCGGAUAGACAAGGUGUUUCAGUUUGAUGACAUUUACACGGACGUGACAACCUUGAUAAAGUCUACUGCGACAGUCACAACAUCAAUUUCAGCUCCCCGCGCUUCUAUUGCAGCGAUUGUAGAGAUAACGGAGUGCGUCGAUGCGUGUGGUGUGAAUGAGGGUCGUGCGGCGUUGAGUCGUGCCAGGGGGUUCCCAAUGAGCAUGGACAACACGUACCACACAUUUCUAGAUGUGAAGACUCACCUCUCAUCCUACCAAUGGUUCUGCCCGUACGGCUGGUCCAUGGGUGAAAAUCUUCUUGACCAGUCCAGUAGCCGGCGCCACGGUGCGUUUUACCUCGGCAUGUACUACUUCUUUUCUUCAGACGCUUUCCUGCAACGCUUUCUGCUUUGCCCAGCAGAGGUGACAGGGCCACCGGGACUGAAACCGCUGCCCAAUGCUUUGCCUAUGCGAGUGCAACCCGGCGCUGAAUACCCUCUGGAACUCCUCGGAUGCUGCCCUGUCACGUUGUACGACACACGCAAUAACAGGGGUCUUCGCGGCGUGCUAGAGCCGCUGGCGAAAAAAGGGGAUCCGAAAUGCAUUGUAGUUUACGAUGGCCGCUAUUACGCACUCCUUGACGAGGCAAUGGUGGAACGCUUCUUGAUGCGACCCUGGCAGUACAUUGAAGGGGCAAGCCUGCCUCCUCAGCGGAAGCAGCCACUCCCUGAGGGGCAGGCACUGUCGACGAUUGACGAGGAGAAUUUUAUGCGACGAGUUCUCUACGAUCCUGUUGCCCGCGCACUGAUCGCUGUGGCAGAGGCGCGGCCAAAGUAUCCGGGUCUUUCGCUGGAGGAGUCUGCGCUGAAAUUCAUGGCCUUGCACAUGAAGUGCUUCAAUGAUAAAUGUACCCCCAUACAGGCGGAGCAGUACAAGGCGAAUUUUGAGAUCUUUCAGAAGCGUGCCACGCUGUACAAAACCAUGACCGAGGCAUCUGAGGAUAUGGUGCAUGGGGAAGGGUUCUCAGAUCUCUGCUGCGAGUGGGAAAAGGCCACGGACCACAUGGAGGGAAAUGUGUCCACCCUGGUACAUCUGCGGCAGGUAGAGUGA